AUCCUACUCAUGAAGACAUCUUUUAGUUAUCUAGUUAUAAACAAACAAGAAGCUACAUGGGGAGAUUUUGGAUAUUUUUACUAGGCAAUUUGCUAUCUAUCAGUUCUGCACAGGAUCUAAUAGAUCCGGCCCAGUUUGCUUGGAUUACUCCUCUUCUCGGAGAUAUAUCAGAGGAGUGCAGGAAUGCCAGUGAACAGUAUAGAGAUGAUCUUAUCGCUACUCUCCAAUACGGAAGCUUGACUGAAGCAAUCACAAUGUUUGAUUCUAAUGGACGACUGCCGAUGGAGGGUUUUCUAUCUGAUUAUAUAGAAAUUCCUAUUGAUUUGUGCGCUGAUACUGAUGAAUGCUUUCUGCCGGUAGCACUUAGUACUAUUACUCUCAAACUCCCUAUUGGAUUCUCAAACCAUCCGGGACAUUUUGAAGGAUGUCUGGGCGUCAAAGAAAUUGAAACAAAAUACUGCGCUGUAUCUUUGAGAACCCCAUCAAGCAUGAGUGCAUUUCCUUUUAAACAAACUCCUGCAUAUCAGACUCCAUCAUUGAAAAAUAUUGCCAGACUUCUAGAUGAAUACACAAGCAUUAAAAGAUUGUUAAACCAUAAUAAUGUAUUUCCACUGGUAGAUGUAUUGGAUCCAGAGAGUAUAAGCAAGUAUAAAAAAAGUUUAUCCAAUUCUAAGAUCACAGAAGAAGAAAUAGAUAAAUUAAUAGAUAAGAUACUUUUAUUCUUCAUGUCACUGUAUGCUACACUAUCAAGCCCAAGUAUAGGUAUGUGUUUUCCACAAAGCUGUACCACCUCAGAUAUCAAUGAAAACUACCAAGUUCUGACUGAGCUAGCUUAUGAAGAUGUUAUAAUUACUAUAAAUGGAAACCCAUUUCCUGUUUCUUUGAAUGCAAAUCUUAGCAUUAUGGCAGAUGAUUAUUUUUGUUAUACAAACGACGACAGAAGUAAAAUGCCUGAAAAAUUACCUGGUCUAAAUAUUUUCUUCUAUGUUAUCUACAUUGUUAUUGCAGUUCUCAUUUUAAGUGGAACUGCUUAUGACAUUUUUCUGGUCAAAUCAGCAACUCAAAAGAAAACAAAGAACUUCUCUGAGAAAUUUGUGUUAUGUUUUUCAGCCUAUACUAAUGGAAAGCAUCUUAUGUCUACUAAAUCUGUUGGGACAGAUCAUUUGGAUUGCUUGAAUGGUAUUCGAUUUAUAAGCAUGACUUGGGUUGUGCUCGGACACAGUUUUUUAAGUGCGUUCAAUGCAAGAAAUAUUGGAGCAGCCUUGGAACUAUUUACAGGUGGAGGAGGGUUUGCUUUUGAAGCUAUUGUCAAUGCUUUACCCUCAGUGGACACCUUUUUUCUAAUGUCUGCCACACUCACAACUUAUAUUCUUUUAAAAGAGCUUGAGAAGGCAGGCUCUGAUCUUUCCAAACAUACUAUAACAUUCAUUAUGUACUAUGUUCAUCGAUAUCUACGAAUAACUAUGCCGUAUGUGCUGAUCAUGGGUGUUGUUAUUGCUGUCCUACCAUAUCUUUACUCUGGCCCUGGCUGGGUUGCUAUUGCCUAUGAAUCUGAUCAAUGUAGCAGUAUGGGUUGGGCAAACUUGCUGUAUGUGCAAACAUUGUUGAACUCAACAAUGAAUAGUGCUUGUAUGGGAGUUACAUGGUACUUGGUAGAUGAUAUGAUAUUUCAUUGGUUGUCUCCAAUUAUUGUUUAUCCAAUGUUUAUUUUCUUCUGGAGAACUAAAAAACAUGUUCUUGGAUUAUCUUGGUGGUUUUUUUCCAUGACAUGCUUUACUGCAGGAGUUUUCUACAUAGCAUAUUCAACUCGACUUCCACCAGUUGAGGGUUUACAGUUCCCAACAUUAGAGACAGAUUACACAUAUAAAGUAGAAUUCUACUUUGUACCUUGGGCUCGUUACCAGGCAUAUCUAGUCGGAAUCCUCCUAGGGUAUAUUCUUCAUCAUACGCGGGGAAAAGCAGUGAAAAUAAAUGAAGUUGUCAACAUAAUAAUGUGGCAAGUAGCCUUCCUAUCGGCUUUUGCAGUUGUAUAUGGAUUAUAUGACGCACGGGUUACUUCAGAAAUAUCACUCUUCAGUGCCACGAUGUACAAUACAUUUCAGCGAAUAGCAUGGAACUGUUCUGUGGCUUGGGUUAUAUUUAGCUGUGUGAAAGGAUACGGAGGAAUUGUGAAUGAUUUCCUCUCCUGGUCCUUUUUUGCACCAUUGGCAAGACUCACAUUUUGUGCAUACCUGAUCCAUAUGAAUUUAAUUCAGAUGUUUGACAACUCUGUUAUAAAGUCUUUUCCUUAUGAUUUCAGCAUGUGGACAAGUGUUUGGUUUUUCCUUGGUUCAAUGAUGAUUACAUUAGCUGUAGCAUUUGGACUUGCUCUUGUAUUUGAGUCUCCAAGUGUUCGGGUAGAAAAACUAAUCAUUACAACACUUCUUCAACCUAUUCUUCAGAAUCAAUCUCAACAUAAGAAACCAGGAUUCCCAAAGAAAAAAACACCAGGCUAGCAGAAAUGGAGAGGGAUUAAAGUAUCAAGAGAAGAAAGAGCAUGAAGAACAUAUCAAAACUGAUAUCAAAGGGGACAAUGAAGUGUAAGAAAAAGAAUUGUUAUGUAAUCAUUACUUUGUUUCAGAUUAAUAUAUGCAUUUUUAAUCAUAAAAAAAUCAUGAUAAAUU